AUGUCUGGUCUCGAAGCUAUCGGCAUCGCAGCGAGCAUUAUUCAAGUCGCUGAACUUGGUACCAAGCUUGCGGUUAAGCUCUGUACUUUCUACCAUCAGGUCAAGGAAUCGAAUGAGGCCAUUCAGAGUCUGUCGAGCGAUGUCUCGCUGACAUGCAGUGUUCUGCAUCAGCUGGGAGAUAGUCUCGAGCAGGACGCAGAAACCCAGUUAUACUCGGCCAAGGCAUUCAUUACUGCACAGGAGGUCCUCGGGGAGUGUAGGAAGGUGUUUGAUAAGAUCGACCAUGCGGUUGAGGAGCAGAAGCGCGAUAAUACGAAGAAUCGAGUUGCGCGGGUGACGAGGAAGUUUGGGCGCGCGCUUAUGGAGAGGGAUCUGGAUGUGAUGAGGACCAAUUUGGAGAGGUUGAAGAGCACGGUUUUGUUGAUGUUGAAUGUUAUUAUUUAUGCCGGGCAGAUUCGGUGGUAUGUCUCACCUAGCAUAGCGUUGAUAUUGACUAACAGAUACAGCAAAUCCGAAUCCCCUCUCUUGAAGGAACAACGAGAACUCAUCAAUAUCCUCGUGGCAGAGAAAAAGGCCAAUGAGGACAAAUACGCCAACCUCCAAAAAGCUUUACAGUCGUCCCAAGUGAACAAUCACUUUCAGGCGUUGUCUCCAUCCAUCAGCAGGGAUAGCGCGAGUACCACGAGCACAGCAUACGACCCAUCAACAGAACUACAAGAGUAUUACACCCUCUUCCGAGACCUUCUCGACCGAGUCGAUGCCUGCAAAUAUACCUUCGAACCAAGCCGACACCGACGUAUCCGCAACGGCAUCAUGGAUCUGAAUUUGGCCGAGGAAUCACUAUUCCAGUCCGCCAAUAGACAGAAACCUUCACAGCUGGCCCGUGAAGAUCCGAUAUCCGAGUGGCAUCCUAUGCAUACUUCUGCGCAGACCAAGAAGAAGCGAAAAGCACAACCGCCGCUUGCAUAUUUUGGCAGUGACGACUGUUCACCCGCAGCUUGCUAUAGCCCGCGCUCCUCCUUCGAGCCCGAUCUCAGCGUUAUCAAACAUCCUGCUGCAGGCGUAAUCCGUGAACCAAAAGCAUCACAACAACCAUUCCAGUGGCUAAAUCCGAAUGCGCCCUCGCUUAUGUAUGAGGAUUCGGGUCACAUUACAGAGCGUAUAUAUGGAGAUCAUGAUGGUGAGCCUUUGCUUUAUCAACCUGGGAGUUGGGGAGGCUCUGGAGGCGCGAGUCACUCUGUGGACAAUGUCUCUGAUGUUGUGGAAGACGUGAUUCUUGAGUGGACGACUAUAGACAGAGGUGAAUUACAUGGUUAG